AUGUCUCCUUUCUCCUUCAUGGCACAUCGCUGUUUGCUCUGCUGGGUGCUUGUGCUUUCGCUUCCGAUCCAGUCCAGGCUGUCGAGGUUGUUGCAAGACAACUGCGUGCGACCCAAGCAUCCAAUCUUGAACGCCUUAGGUGCCUUUCGUCACAAUCUAAGGGGAGCUGGCAGCGAAGAACGAUAUGAAGAUGUCUUGGCGGAAUUUGAGCAGAAGCUAGCGGAGCUCAAUGCACAAACCUGCGAUCCACAAGAGAAGAAGUUGAAGUCGAAGGAUGUGUUUCGAUCGUUUGAUCAGAAGAUGGGCAAGAAGAUCAUAGAAGACUUGAGAGAAGAACCCAACGAUCAGUUCAAACCAACAGCAGCAGAUCCUAUCGAAGCAUGCAUGCAGGACGCAGGAGAAGCUGAGAAUCCGAAUGUAGUCCGAAUCCCCAUGUUGGAAGAGGAGGAUUGGAACAACGUCCAACAAGUGCUGUACAACAGCAGCUACGACCCCUUCCAUAAGCCCCCUUCCGAGGCUCAGCAGGACUUUCUCAAUGAUCUAAUGAGGGAAAUGUGGGAAGAGAAGAAAGCUCUUCUGAGUGGGACAUUCAACAACGGGAUAACGGAGACUCACAGGAAGCAGCUGAAGGAAGGAAAGUUCCCCCCUUACAAGAGGGUCCCGGAGGAAGAGCUCCCUCCUGUCAUCGGAACCAACCCGCUGAUCUUGUACGUGAGGGCUGCGCGUCUGAAAGAGCUCGAGAUCAAUGGAGAUCCGCUGGAGGAGAUGAUUUCUUCAGCAGAGAGGUGCCUUGGGGGCGAUGGCUGUGGACGAUGCCGAUGGGUCAGCCGGAGGUUCCAACGCAGGAUCUCCAUGUCCGAGAAACUCUCCAGUUUCAACGAGACUUGGUGCGACUCGAGGGACGAUGCUGGGCUGUGCUCCAUCGAUCCCUCCACCGAUGACGACAUGCUGUCACAACACGAGGGCAUCGAAUUCCCACACUCCUCCAUCCUCGGAAGGGAACAGAAUGACCUGAGAUACUGGCUGCCGGCUGAGGAGGAGGACUGGCUGGCAGUCAAGCAUCCAGGUUUUUCAUGGGGUCUCGACUUUCCUGUUUCUCCCCUGGAGACAAGGGGCCCGAUCUCCUUGAGGAGGAACUUUCCAGCUGAGGAGGGAGACAUUCUAGUUCCCGAUAAGUACUCCCUUGCUGCUGGGCUGCGGGUAGCAGAGGAGACAAGUGCCAGGUUGCACGUCAGUGGGGACCGGAUAGCGAACCUGUACUCCUACAACGACAUGUACGAGCACCAGCUGCUGCAAGUGGGGGAGAGAGUCAAGGAGCCGGGAUACGACGACGAGGUGGUGGAUUGGGACAAGAGGAAAAAGAACCUUGGGAAAGUCUUUCGAGGGUUUGGGCGCAGCCUGCGGACUAGAAGAGUCUUCAAUGAAUUCGAUGAAGACAUAGGAUACCGUGAUGGGCCUAUCAUCCCCAAAGAAAACAAUACGAAGGUGAACAUUGCAGGUCCAGGAGGUUUGAGGAAGGACCCACGAUGGCCUGGUGGAACUUUUGGCCCUUACUCGGAUUACGUCAGCCCACUGCUGCGAAAUUUCGUCGGUCCCUGUGGAAGGACCGCUGAGGGAUGUCCUGUGGAGCUGAAGCCUCCGCCGGAUGAAGCGUUGGCAACGAUCAGGAUUGAGAGUGGGCCCUGGGUGAUCAACAGCUGCGAGGUGAUCGACUACGAGCUUGUUUGCUUCCAUGGAUUGAUGUCACAAGAUACUGCGAUCGAGAGGAGUGAUGAGUUCGAGGGGAUAGUUGGAUGCGACCGAGCGGAGGUUCACGUGGAGAAGUGUAAGAUGGAAGACUGUGGCUUCAACGGAGGGGGAGGGGCUUCCUUCGUCGGCGGAUCCUACGGAGAACUGGAAGGCUGCGAGUUCCAUUACACCAACUACGGGGUCGGUGUGGACGACUCUGCCCGAGCGAGAGUGAGGGAGUGUAAAUUCUUUAACAACAACUUCGAGGCGUUCUACUGCGGCCAGAACUCCAAGCAGGCUGAGAUGGUCCUGCUCAACAAUGAGAUCUAUGGGAGCAUGUGGUGGGAGCACGGAGACUGCUGGGAGCAAGAAAAGUUGCGAUGUCGGCCGGGAAAGUUGGAAGAGACAGGAAACGUCAUCCACCCGAGGCUGGAUCGCACCGUAGAGCAGGUUGCGGACAAGAGGAAUUUGAUCCCCAUCACCAGGGAGGAUGAUCCCUUACUCUACAAGAUGUUUCAAAUCAACGAGCUUCAAGUCGCUGAGAAGUUCAAGGAGCUUGUCAUUCGGUACGAGUCCCUGCGCACCAACAGUACAGAGGCCGGCAUCAACCUUGACGUACUGGAAUCCCGACCACGCAGGAAAGGAAAGAUCCGCAAGGGGUUGGCGGCAAAGUAA